AUGAGUCGCAAGAACAAGAAGAAGUGCACGAAGAAGCAGGCACAACGCCAAAGCAGGAUCCAAGACGCUGUCAUAUCCGUCUUGCAUACCCCAAACCACCGUGUCUACAAGACCUUGGAAGACUGGCAAAACAGACACAACGUCGAUGCAUCAUCUCAGGAUCAGGACACCGCCGUCGAAACCAAGCAAGAUCAAAACAAUGUUGCACCAGAACAAACUCAAUACACCACUCCAAAAACCUCAAAUAAAACUUUAAAAAAUCCGCAGACCUCAAACAAAAACCAAAAAGACAACAAGCAAGAUCAAAACAAUGGCGAUAACGGUGUCCGCGAUCAAAAAGACGAGCAAGACAGACAAGACAACCAGUCAGACAACCAGGACAAAUCAGACACGCAAGAAAACAACCGGGAAGACAAGAACCUGCAAGGCAACCAAAACAAACCAGAAAAACCAAAAAAACCAAAAAAACAAGUCCUGCAAGACAAACCAAGAAAACCAGAAAAACAAGACAAACAAGACGACUCUCCAAGAAAACUGCAAGAAGACCUUGCUGAAACAAACAGCCAAGAUGAACUUUGGGGCGAAGACAGAACCACUGGUUUCUACAUCAAUACCUCUGUCACAGAAAAACAGGCCGUCGCGAUUGCUCUCAAGGCAACCCAGGCUGACUUCGACCCCGCCAACCGUAUCUUCUUCACAUACGGCGCCAGUGUCCCAGAAAAAAUGACCCGUCUGGCACUUGGCAACAAGAAAAACAACUACCAGGGGCGCAAAAGGAUGGCAGGCGCUGCUGCCAUCUGCAAGCAACCCUCAACCGAGAACAACAGAGUCAGCUGGCAUGGGAAACAAUGGACCCUCGGCUACUCUGAGACGACCAGCGGAGCUGACGCUGAACUCGUCGCCAUCUCAGGGUGCCUUAGCGUUGCAGCCAAGGAACUCGGCCCUGCCAAAGACAACAAGACGGCACCGCCCAAGGUCACCAUCAUCACGCAUGACCAAGACGCUACCGACAAGAUCGCCGAGGUCCUCCACUGGGACCCCAAGACGCAGCGCCAUCCCGAGGCCACCGAAGCCCUCGUGGAGAUCGUCCAGAAAGCGCGCAGUCUCAGCCAAGACGUCGGCGCCGUCAUCGAGCUGCUCUGCAUCAACAAGAACGCGGUCAGGCUCAGGGUGCGCGGCCAGUCUGGGCCUGUCAUCAUGAGGGGCAACCAGUACGCAGAGAACGCGGCAUGGAAGGCGGCCAUGACACCAGACAUGAAGCUCCCCUCUUGCAGCCAAAUGUCCACGCUGAAUUAA